CUACGCACCGCGCCGCAGCCACUCUCCCUCUCUCUCGCUGCCUGCGAUCCCCAGGCUCUGGCGGAGGGAUACAUCGCAUUAUAUAUAGAGAGCGUUGAGGCGCAGUAUCACACCUCCAGAGCUUGCAGUGGGAAGUCGUUUGCGGGAGGCGGCUCCGUUACUCGGGCGGCGGUGGCGGUUGUAGUAGCAGCAGCAGCAGCAGCAGCAGCGGUAGCAGGAGCAGCAGCGGCGGUAGCAGGAGCAGCCACAACAACCUUGUUAGCAACCUCGGAGGCCGGAGCUGCAGCAGGAACAGUGGUUACAGCACUAGUGCAGCAGACUCCCCACCGAAGCGGCAUCAGCAACCUCAUUCGCUCCUUCCUUCCUCUCUCCCCUCUCGCGCACAAUGGCUGAUCAGCUGACUGAGGAGCAGAUUGCUGAAUUCAAGGAAGCCUUCUCCCUAUUUGACAAAGAUGGAGAUGGCACCAUUACGACAAAAGAACUUGGAACCGUCAUGAGGUCAUUGGGUCAAAAUCCAACAGAAGCAGAAUUACAGGAUAUGAUCAAUGAAGUGGAUGCUGAUGGUAAUGGCACUAUUGACUUUCCUGAAUUUUUGACCAUGAUGGCUAGAAAAAUGAAAGAUACAGACAGUGAAGAAGAAAUCCGUGAGGCAUUCCGAGUCUUUGACAAGGAUGGCAAUGGUUACAUCAGUGCAGCAGAACUACGUCAUGUAAUGACAAACUUAGGAGAAAAACUAACAGAUGAAGAAGUAGAUGAAAUGAUCAGAGAAGCAGACAUUGAUGGAGAUGGACAAGUCAACUAUGAAGAAUUCGUACAGAUGAUGACUGCAAAAUGAAGACCUCCUCUCACCUUUUUUCCCCCCUCUAGAUGAAUCAAAUUGAAUCUUUUACUUACCUCUUGCAAAAAAAAAAAAAGUUCAUUUAUUCAUUCUGUUUCUGUAUAGCAAAACUGAAUGUCAAAAGUACCUUCUGUCCACAAAAAAAAAAUCUGCAUGUAUUGGUUGGUGGUCCUGUCCCCAAAAGAUCAAGUUACACAUCAGUUUUACAAUAUAAGUACUUGUACUACUACCUUAAAUGAUAAGGAAGCACUUAGUGGACUCCUUAAAGUUCCAUUUGCUAAUGAUUAUUACACUGUUUGGGCUGGCCAGUUUUUCAUGCAUGCAGCUUGACAAUUGAGCACAGUCAGACAUUUGUAUUAAAAAAAAAAAGAAAAACAAAAAAAACAAAAUUAAAAAAUGUACCCAUGUGGGGUUAUCUAGUUCAAUUUGUUAGUAUAAAUUGUCAUAGCUGGUUUACUUAAAAAAAAAGUAAAUACAAUAAAGUAAAAUUGGUUUACCUCAGGAUGGUAUGCAGCAAAAUGGUUGAAGGAUGCAGAAUUUCAAGAUGUAGCGCUAAUGGUGGUUCUUCUGUAUUUAAGUGUGCUCCAAACCUUAAUGAUGAUCUCAAACUCUGGAUGGCAUGUCUGUGUUUCUAUUGGUUUAGCAUUGUCUGCAUUGCACUAUAGUGAAACGGAUGUCAGGCUGUUACCGUUCACACAAAAUUUUUGAAAAGAAACCUUCACCAAGGGAGCAUCUUUGGACUCUCUCUUUUUAAAAACCUUCUGUACCAUGACUUGGAGCCGGCAGAGUAGGCUGUGGACUUCAGCACAACUAUCAACAUUGCUGUUCAAGAUAUUACAAUUUAUGUCCAUUCCAAGUUGUAAAUGCUAGUCUUUUUUUUUUUUCCAAUAAAAGACCAUUAACUUAAAGUGGUGUUUAAAUGCUUUGUAAAGCUGAAAUUUAAAUGGGGACAGGGCAGCCGAGGGUUGGGGAUAUCGGAGAAGGAGGGGAAGUUUUGUGCUGGCAAACCAGUACAUAUUCAAAUACCUGUACCUCUGGGUUUUUCCUCCUCCACCCUCCCAGUAGUAAAAAGUAAUCUCUGAAUCCUAAAAUAUUUACUAGAGACAAACAUACUGAUCGGCUUUUUUUUUUCCUACAAUUAAAAUGUAAGUCUAGUUGGCCUUUUUACUGCUAAUAGUAGUUAGGCAGGGAUUCCUUUAAAACAUGCUGCUGAUAACCUGCUUUAUGUAACUUACUGAUACCAUCUAUGGGAAAGACGAUUCACGAUUUAGUAUGGUAAUGUAACCCAAUCCUUGCUGUGUGUGAUAGAAGCAGUAGGCCACUUUUCUAAAUCAAAUCUCUUCAUGCCUAAAAGACUACCUUUCAUCAUGCAACUCACAACUCAUUUAUACAUGCUAUUCACAUAGCAUCAUGUUUGGGUUUCUUCUCUUUUUCCCCUCUCUCCCAAUUCUCCCUUCCCCAACUUGUUCUGCCUUUCUACUUUAUUUCCAAAUAGAACUCUCUGUGUAUGCUAGUUCGCAGCUUGUAAGUAGAACUCCAGCCUGGAGUGAAUUUUGUGUCUAAUUAUAAACCCUGUAACCAAAACUAUUAGAAAGUGCUGACACCAACCUUUGUGAUGGCAUCAGCUCAUAACUAAAAAAAAAAAGUCACUUUAAAUCCACAUUGCAUUAAAUGGGCCACACUGUAGGAGGAUGGAUUUUUCUCUGUGGUUAAAUUAGUUCUAUCCAAUUAAUAAGUUUGUAGGUUUUGAGUUCGUGUGUGUUUAUUGAGUUUAUUUGUCUGGGGCAUAGUGGGAUACUGCUGGGGAAAUCUGAGAAUGAGUCUGCUACUUUGCAGCUAACUAAUGUAUGAAGGGGCUGAUCCCUGAAGCAUUUUGCAGCUUUUGCUUAUGUUUCUGUCAGAUGAUGGUUAGGAGCAGUGAGGUGUGGCAUAACUCAGAUCAGUUCUUUGUUUUUGCUAUUUGUGUGUGUGUGUGUGUGUGUGUGUGUGUGUGUGUGUGUGUGUGUGUUUGAAAGUUAGUGACCAACCUGAGGCUUUGAGAGACUUUUUAAGUUUCAGUUUUUCCUGUUACUGAACCCAUGAACAUUAGAUAUCACUGCUUAUUUUUCCAUAACAUAUGGAGAAAAAUCCAUUAUUUGGGCAGGUGAUUGUAAACAAUGGCUUACAUCAGAUCCCCUUCUAGUGCUGGAAAUUUCCCUACACUGGAAUUGCUACUGAAAUGGCUCUAGCUAGGAAUUUUAAUAACUUGAUAGUCUAUGAUUGUUUUUUCUGUGUGUGUGUGUAUGUAUGGGGGAAGAGGUAGGCAUGGAAUAGCCUGGUUUUUGGCCUAGUCUCUGGUUUUAAAUCUAUUACAAGAUUAUUUUAAAAUGCCUCAGUCGAUGACUACUUGCUGUUUUAAGAGAAGUGACUUCAAAAAAACCCAAAUCACAAGCCUUUCCAACUCAGCUUUCUCCACCUAGCCCCUUUCCUAAUGCUAAAGGGGCUUUUUGAUUCACGCAUUAAUGAACCAUCUGAACUGAGUAUCCAGGAAACUUGAUUCUUAGCUUUUGGGUCCUUUUGAGAAGCUAGCAUCCUAUUCUGAACCCAGGCACCUUCCCCUAAGAAUGUCUACCAACAAUAAAAUGUGCAGAAGUGAAGAAAAAAGCUGGUGAGAAGUAGGCAAACAUAAGCCUUUCCCCCUCCUGGUGUUUGGAUAGAGACAAAGGAACCCCAAUUUUUUUUUUUAAGUCAGAAUCAAGUGUUUAGUGUAAACAGAAACUGGAUAUGGUGAAUGUUUUUGAGUGAGAGUUGUAAGCUAGUGAUGUUGCUCUUGGACUUGUUAACACUUUCCAACUACUCUUUCCCCUAACCCUUCCAGCUUUAUAAAUAUAUGCAUAUAUAUCUAUAAAGUCACUAGUCUAACUGGCAUUCUGCUUUAGCCUAGGAUAUGCCAUAAAACUGCUCAGUACUUGGCAAACACUUUCUCAUGGUUUUGUUCUCCAUCUGUUGGGGGUAGGUGUUGAGAGAGAGGCAAACAUAUCUUGAUAUUUCAGAUGGGUUUUUGAUGCACUAUUGCCAAGGAAGGAUUUUUCUGAUUUUUUUGACAAAUACAUUUUUGCACACACUCUAAUUGGUGUCUUUCAGCAACCUAAAAGAUUGAAAAUUAGCUACUGUACAUAUUUUUAUAUUCUCUUUAUAAAAUGCAUGUUUGAUUGUAUUUGUAACAACAUUGUAAUGGCUGUCUAGUAGGCCUAGAGCUGAUGUAUUUUGUGUCAAAGCAGUAGCAAAUGCUCCCCUCAACAUACUGGGAAUUUAUUCCUAAUCAAAGAAUGUAAAUCUGGUCAAGCCUGUUCUUCCUUUACUCAAUUAUUAUUUUAAAAAUUUGACUUUACUGUGCAACUCCCAAACUGCUUGCUCAUCCUUUGACAGCUAGGUUCUACUAAUCUGUCUUAAUCCAUCCCUUCAGCUAGCGAUUUUAACCCCUUGAAAUUGACUUUUAGGAGAGUACAUGCUCUCUCCCAAAUGUAUCUCUGCAGUGGAAGGUAGUGAACUGUGUGGAGUGGUGUUUUCCCCUCCCCAAAUUCAAUAUUAUAUCCAUUAAACACUUCUGUAGCAAAGCUCAUGGUAGUUCUUUUGUUACCAAAGUUGCCCUUCAUGAUGACUUUUUGGCAAAGAUGUAAUUGAAAGUUUCUGUAACAGAUCAAAAUGUGUGGAGGUUUAACCACCUCUUUGAUGGGGGACCAACUUAUGGAAAUAUUGUAAAUAAAUUUAUUUAUAAACCUGGCACUGUAUUCAAUAAACAUUUCUGCAGCCUUUCAUCUCUAA